AUGAUCCGAUACUGUAUGUUCCUUUUUUUCUUAAAUCGUAUUCAAUCUACCUCUGGCGUUAACAAAUAUGUGCUAAAGAAAGCAUGGAAAACAAUGCACAAGCGCGCAAAGAGAGAAGCUCGGUCGUUAGGAGAGAUCCAAGAGAGAUCCAGUAAAAUGAAGAUGGUACUUUUGUUGGGGCUGUUUGGCAUCCUUGGUAAUAUGGGACAGGAACGAACGAUGUGGACAAGACAAAGAUCUCGUCAUUUUUUUGACUUCAUUGUAGAGAGGAAAGAAAGAAUGAUGACAAAGCCAAGCAAAAUACCAUGGGCGCGAAUAAACUACUUAUAUCAGGCAGCCCAUGAAGUGGUGAGGACACAUCCAAACAAUACUGAGCUAGUGAGACAAUACAUCACAAACAUGAUUUCCAUAGCACGCAAACAUGUAUUUAGAAUAGAGCCAUCUAUAAAGAGGACCAUAUGUAAGAAGUGCUUCAUGCUACUGAUACCAGGUGUCACUGCAACAGUUAGGACAAGAUCUAAGAGGGAAAAACACAUGGUCCUGACUUGCUUAGAGUGUAAAUCAGUGAAGCGCUUCCUUCUAAGGGGAAGCAACAAACUGUGGACUGAACACCCUGAAGCCUGGGUGAAAGAUCCAAAUUUGGACAAAGUACAGCUUAAAGUAAUUGGACCUACUCCUCCUAAAAGGACACCUGAGGAGAAAAGACUGCAUAAGGAACAGAGGAGAUUAAUGUGGGAACAAUCUCAGAAACAAUCUCAGUUAACUAAUGAUGAUGGAAAUAAAAAUGAUGACUCUUCCAGUUCCAAUAAUAACAGGACUAAAAAGGAAGACACAAGUAAUGUUGCAUCUUCAAAAAGUUGAUAGGAUUAUCCGUGAUCUGGCUUGUAAUGACAUCGUAGGGAUAUCAGACUGUGCUAUUACCAAAACAAAUAGGCCUACAUGUAUAUGGAAUUAUAAACAGUAGAAUUUUCUGUUGACUAGUUUGUAUGUCACCACCAAGCGUAACAAAUUGAAUUUUCACAAGUUUCAACAGACCUUUGGUAAUAUGUAUGUUGUCAUGGUAAUAAUAUCAGGAAUGUGUUACAUUUUUUUGUAAGAUCUGCGCCAUCACUGAACAAUUAAAGAUUAGAUCAUUACAAGAGGUUUUACAUUUUGUGCAGUAUCUGUUACCAUGGUUAUGAAAUAUGGGAAUGAAACACUUCUAACAUGUUAUUAUACCACUAAAAACAGAAAACUUUCCUGAGGACUUAGAGAAGCCAUCCGUCUGCCUGGUUGUCCAUCUGAGCUCUGUUCAAGAAGAAUUUUCAAGUUGUUCACUGAAUUUUAAAUGGCCUCUGUUAUGACUGUUCCUGUUAAAUGCCAGUUAAGUUGACAGAUUUGGUUCAGAUUUUAUAUACAUGUACUUGUGCCAUAUUGACAGCGAGUGUCUUCUCAAGAAAAAAAUGUAUAGGCUUAUAUCUUAAAUAUUCUUUUUGAUAACUCAAAUAACUGUUCUCAAGUUUGGUUCAGAUUUCAUAUGCUAGUGCCUUACUGUAUAGCUGAAAUAUAAUCUGAACAUUAUAUUUCCCGAAUGAAGACUUCAAAAAUAGAUUUUUUUAUUAUUUGCCCAUUUCACAACAGCCAAAAUAGCUCCUGUAUUUGCUAUCAAAAUACAUUGAGAAAUGACCGAAUAUUAAUGAAUAUAAAAGAAAAAAUACCGAACUUUUGAGAAGUUACAGUACUUGAUCUGAG